GAACUCGCAAGGGCCCUCGUCUUCAUGCCCGUUGCUUUCAGUGGUUUUCCUGGUGAAAUUCGGGACAUCCCCGCCGCUCCGCCAUGAAGAUCCCCCGGUCCAUGCAGCCACCAACACAGAACCCGUUCCAAUAUUCUCCACCCAGCCCGACCUGCCUUCUUGGGCUGGAGCCCUCGAUCCAAUCCAAUGAGCAGGGUCUCUUGGGUUGCAUGGCUGAUUCUAUCCCGCAGCCUGGGAGGUUCUCCCAGACGGCUGAUGUGUUGCUUUCCAGGCCACCACCACAGAAAUAAAACGGUGAGUUAAAUUAAUUCAUCUCAACUGUAGUUCCCAUAUAUCCAUCUUUAGAGAUAUAGCAAGCGGCUUUCCCACCUCGUUAGUACAGAAAUUUCUCAUCUUUUCUUUUUACUUCGAUGCAAUGGUGAUUUCUGUGCGCUCUCUGCUGCAAUGCAUUGCAUCCGGACUCUUCCUGAUUCCGCUGCCUGCAACCGUUUGUGCAGGUAUGUGACAAGCUAAAUGCUUCGAAUAAAGCAUUAAUUUAAAUCUCACAUAGUUGGUUUGGAAGGCGUAUUCUAUGAGAAUUAAGGAAGUGAACGACACCUUGCAUGUCGUCUCGGAGUUGAACCCGGAUGCCGUUGAGACCGCUAAAGAGCUUGACCGAGAGCGACACAGAGAGAAUAUCAGAGGUCCUUUGCAUGGUUUGCCGAUUCUACUAAAGGGUAACAUCGGUACUCGUGACAAACUCCAAACCAGUGCUGGCUCUUAUGCUCUUCUGAAUACGAAACUCCCCGAGGAUUCAACCGUGGCAAAGAAAUUACGAGAUGCCGGUGCAAUCAUUUUGGGAAAAGUAGGGCUUUCUGAAUGGGCGAAUUUCCGGUCUACCAACAGCACCAAUGGAUGGAAUGCAUAUGGAGGUCAGGUCACUGGCGCUUAUUACCCUAAUCAGGACCCCAGCGGAAGCUCAAGCGGUAGUGGAGUGGCAUCCGAUCUUGGUUUAGCCUGGGCGACUCUGGGCACAGAAACAAGCGGAAGCAUAGUGUCUCCAGGCUCAUCUAACAAUAUCGUCGGGCUUAAGCCAACAGUCGGCCUGACCUCACGGUACCUUGUCAUUCCAAUCAGCGCCCAUCAGGACACGAUUGGGCCUAUGACGAGAACGGUCAAAGAUACAGCUGUGCUUCUCCAAGCCAUUGCAGGGAAAGACAGAAAUGAUAAUUACACCUCUGCUAUCCCGUUCUCCAAUCUACCAGAUUAUGUUUCGGCAUGCAAACUCACUGCGCUAGAGGGAAAGCGUAUCGGCGUUCCAUCUAAUGUUCUAGAAUCAUUCGGCAAAAACCCUACAAACAAACCUGUUCUAGAUGCUUUUCGCUCUGCGCUUUCAAUCAUGGAGAGCGCAGGGGCUAUAAUUGUUAAGGAUACUAAUUUCACUGCCUAUCAAGAAUUCGUGACUAGUGACAUCCCUGGCAGUGUCCUUAAUGCAGAUUUUAUCAGCGAUCUCGCACGCUACUUCUCCCAGCUGGAAGCUAACCCGCAAAACAUACACAGUCUGGCUGACGCUCGCAAGUUUACUCAGUCCUCGCCCUUCGAGCAAUACCCAAACCGCAACACUGAGAUUUGGGACCUCGCCCUCGAGCAAGGAUUCAACAACACCUCCCCUGAAUUUUGGCCUUUGUAUCAGAAGAACCUCUACUUCGGUGGCGAAGGCGGCCUCCUUGGUGCUCUUGAGCGACAUAACCUUGAUGCUACGGUGCUUCCAACUGAUGCUGCCUACCCGGUUCCCGGUGUCAUUGGUACCCCAGUGAUCAGUGUGCCGCUUGGCGCGUAUCCCGAAGAUCAGAAAGUUGAGCACGAACCGCGUAGAGAACUCGUUACAGUUAGCCCUGGCUUUCCGUUCGGAAUUGGUUUUAUGGGAAAGCAUUGGAGCGAGCAGGAAUUGAUUGGCAUGGCGUAUGCGUUCGAACAGAAAACCAAGGCCCGGGCUGAGUUGAAGAGGUACAUUGAGCCCAAGUUCGAGCUGAACCAUAACUAA